AUGAUUUUGCUUCGUCGUCUUCCUUUCUCCUUGAACCACACCCGUUCCUUCACAGUCCUUGCCUUUGAAUCAUCUGCAGACGACACUUGCGCAGCCGUAGUUCACUCUUCAAAAUCUAUCCUUUCGAACGUUGUCAUCAAGCAGAACAAUCUACACGAGCAGUAUGGAGGAAUAUACCCAAUAACCGCCAUUGAUGCCCAUCAGCGAAACAUGCCCUACGCAGUUCGUCGCGCUCUGAAGGAAGCGAAUGUCGAUCUUGUAAAGGACAUCAAUGGCAUUGCUUUCACAAGAGGCCCCGGUAUGCCAGGCUGUUUGAGCGUCGGAAUGAAUGCAGCAAAGACACUUGCAGCAGCUUUGAACAAACCUAUCGUUGGAGUUCACCAUAUGCAAGGCCACGCCCUGACCCCUCUUUUGACAUCUUCGAACCCUCCAAAGUUUCCAUUUCUCAGUUUGCUGGUGUCAGGAGGCCACACACUCCUCCUUCUGGCUACUUCACUUGACUCGUUCCAAAUUCUGGCUACAACUGUCGAUGAAAGCAUUGGAAGGGCCAUAGAUCAAGUAUCAAAAUUGUUGGAUUUGAAGUGGACUUCCCUUGGCCCUGGAGAUGCUCUGGAAAAAUUCUGUGCUCAAAAAGUCGACACAGACUCUAUCGUCAUACCACUUCCUCGAGUUACUAUGGCGGGGAAAUUGUCUUUUUCUUAUUCUGGGUUGCAUUCUCGUGUCGAAAGAUAUAUCGAAACCCUUGGUGGAAUCAAUAACAUCGAUUUGCCUACAAGGAUGGCAAUAGCUCGUGCGUUUCAAAAGUCUGCAAUGGCACAACUCGAGGACAAGCUUCUGCUUGGAUUGCAAUGGUGUCAACAAAAGGAUAUACCUGUUAGGCAUGUCGUACUUAGCGGGGGUGUGGCGAGCAAUCAGUAUCUUCGUGAGAGGCUUCACCAGUGUAUAUUGAAAGCAGAUUUAGCUCUUUCAAUUGAUUUGGUGUUCCCUCCACCUCCCUUGUGCACAGAUAAUGCGGUCAUGAUAGGCUGGGCUUCAAUGCACCGUUUCCUGGCCAACGAUUUUGACGAGUACGACAUAGAGUCACGACCUAAAUGGAGCAUCGACCAACUUGCUAGUUCAGCGACGCGACGCACACCAUAG